AUUUCUAAUGAAAGUAAUCUUGAUCCCUUCCUGUUUCAACACACAAGACAACGAGCGUCGGAGCAGAGACUCUACCAACGAAUCCGGUGUCUAGUUCAUAAUGAAGCGGCGACUGGAGAAUCCGGAAAUGUCUGUUAGGUCCCAGCAGCGGCGCCUCACUGGCAACCCGAAGGCCUUGGCACAGGGCCAGCAGUCCAAGAGGCUCAAGGUAGAAGAUGCUCUGUCUUACUUGGAUCAAGUGAAACUGCAGUUUGGCAACCAGCCUCAGGUCUACAAUGACUUUCUGGACAUAAUGAAAGAGUUCAAGUCUCAAAGAAUUGACACCCGUGGGGUCAUCAACAAAGUGGGACAGCUCUUUGCAGGCCACCUUGACCUCAUCAUGGGCUUCAACGCCUUCUUACCACCUGGCUACAAGAUCCAGAUGUCUGUUGCCGGGUGAAAAAAAAAAGGAGUUCUUUGCUUACGAUUACCCAGGAAAUCUACAUUAAUUUUAUAUUUGCACUAUUAUAACUAUUACUUUAUCAUUCAAAUUACUAUUGAAUCAAGCUAUACUGUAUUGAAUACAAACAAUGUCAACGUCUACAUUUGUAAAGCUGUGUUUUUUGGCUUACUAAGCUGAUUUAUCGGUUAUGUUAUGUUACUCGUUUUCCAUUAAGAGUUCAUUGAAUAUGGUAUUUUUAAUUUGGCAUUCACAGUUGGACUGACUUUUAUACUAUCAAACAAUUAUUGAGACUAAAAGACGAGUAUAUAGAAAAAUAAUAUUGUAACCCUUUAAAACCAGAAACAAGAAAAUAUGAAGAAAACAUGUACAUAUAUGGAGAGAUAAGAAGUUAAAACAAUCAAUAGGGGAAAAGUGAAUACAAUUGAAAAAUAUGUGUUUUAAUAAGUAAAUUUCAAGCUUCCCCCGACAUUUUAUAUCAAUAAUAGGUCAGUUAAUGUAAAAGGCUUCACUUGUAUGACAAACCAACAGAAAAAAUAAACAUCAGUUGUUUUUUGUCAAUUUUAUAAUCCAGCAAGGCUCUGUGUCGGUAAAAUGAAAAUGCAUUUAAAACUGCUGCACAUCCUACUCAGAAUCUAAACUGAACCAAAUUCAUCUCUCAAUUCAAGGCUACAUAGUUCGUCGUCCCAUUUCAAUCUGGAUUCAGAUCUCAUCACAGCACAGAAACCACACUUAUCUAAGUCACAAACGACCUACUCCUCUCCUCAGACGACCACAGCCCUCUCCGGGUUCAAAUCAUAUCUCUCCCACCGCCAACAGCUUAUUUGCAUGAAUAAGUUCAACUCUGACAGAGCUCAAGUCUCUCAAGGUGUCCCCCAAGGAUCGGUACUCGGUCCCCUCCGCUUUAUUCUCUACAUGCUUCCCCUUGGUAACAUCAUACGCCACCAUGGUCUCCACUUCCACUGCUAUGCUGACGACACCCAGCUCUACAUCUCCACCAAAUCCAUCACCCCAAGCACCCACUCCACCAUCACGGACUGCCUCACAGACAUGAAGACCUUGAUGCAAGCCAACUUCACGUCAACCACAUCACAAAAAACGCCUUCUUUCAUCUGUGAAACAUUUCCCGUCUACGCCCCUCCCUCUCCUAUUCCCGCACCAGAGACCACAUCACUGCAGUCCUUCAAAACCUCCACUGGCUCCCCAUACAACAAAGAAUACAAUUCAAAAUGACCCCUCAUUACAUACAAAGCUCUUCACCCUUCGUACCUCUCCGGUCUCCUACACCGACACACUCCAGCCCGCAACCUCAGAACCACCGACGCCAACCUCCUCAAAUGAGAGAUGUUAUAAUGUCAUCUCUCUGCCUUAUUUACAUUGUUAUUUAUUUUACUGUUUGUGUCUUUACCAUGCACAUUGCCUUUGAGGACCCUUUUAAAGCGCUGUACAAAUAAAAUGUAAUAUUAUUAUAAUGAAAACCAGUCAUUUUAGCUGACAGCUGAAGGUCCAAAACAUCACUUUUUUCUUGAAAUGAGAGGUGGUGGCUCCAGUAACACUCCCACAAGGUGGGGUUUACCACCACCACACCAAAGGGAGCAAUGUAAGCAACAGCAUUGAAAGAGGAGUACCCACAAAACGACGUGGACUUCCAGUACGUUGAAACACUGCAACCGUGAAGCCUGCUGGGAGCUGAAUUCAGCAGUGUGUGGGUAUGUCUCCCUCAACAAUGCUUAUUUUUGUGUGUGGUAUGAGGUCCUCAAAGGAAACCAUUGCUCUCUGUAUAUUGCAGCAGGAAAUCGACAAUAUCCCUGUGUUACACGUGUCUCUGCAUCACAGGCCCUGAAUCCUACACCUGAUGGUCUGCUCACAGACUAAACACUUCAUUUGAGAUCCAAAACCUCCAAUUAUCCUCUUUCUUGCUUAAAAUUAAGAUGUUGAAACCAAUUAAACAAACUUUGAA